ACCGCCCGUGCUGUCGUCUCCUUGGCUGGGAUGCUGCGGCUCGGUUGCGGGCUAAGGCAGCUCUGGGCAGGACCUGGUGCUGCGGCUGCCGGCCGGCUCCCUUUAGGCGCCGAGAUGCCUAAGAAAGCUGGUGCUACGAACAAGGGUAAAAGCCAGAGCAAGGAACCGGAGAGACCACUUCCUCCCUUAGGUCCUGUGGCAGUUGAUCCUAAAGGUUGUGUCACCAUAGCCAUCCAUGCCAAACCUGGUUCCAAACAAAAUGCUGUGACAGAUUUGACAGCCGAGGCUGUGAGUGUAGCUAUCGCAGCGCCUCCAACGGAAGGAGAGGCUAACGCUGAGCUUUGUCGGUAUCUUUCCAAAGUCUUAGAACUCAGGAAGAGUGAUGUGGUUUUGGACAAGGGUGGUAAAUCUCGUGAAAAAGUCGUGAAGCUUCUGUCCUCCACAACCCCAGAAGAGAUCUUGGAGAAAUUGAAAAAGCAAGUUGAAAAAAAAUAAAUCCUUGAAAAACUUUUUUUAUGCUAAUGAUGAAGAGACUGUUAAAAAGGAAAAUUUAUUUAAGUAAACAGAAUGUGGAACUAUAUAUAUUUAAUAAGAACAGGACUCAAAAAAGAAGUAUGAAGAUUAAAAGUACUAUACAUUGAAUUUAGGUUCUAAAAGCCCUGAUCCCAAACAGCUUGGGACAUGUUACUCUGGUUUCAUGGCAUUACAAAAUAACAGAGCUGGAAAGCAUAUUUUGCAGCCCCUUUCAUUUUGUGAUGGGGCUUCUGACAUCCAUAAGUUGAGAGUAUUCAGGAAAACAUGGUGCAAGACAGCAGCCAGAACCUAGGUCGCUUGGCUCCUAGUUGAAUGCAGUUUAUCCUGAUUGUAAAUUAAAAUAUUUCCACAGCACUAUUGGAAUUCUGGGGAUUGCCUUCUAAUCCAGUUUACAAGUGAUAGAGGAAAACCUGUCACACUGCUUUGUAGUGUCACUUCAUAUUUUAAAAUGCUUAUGUAAAUGCAAAAUUUUUUUCUGUCUUUUAAACAAAAUGUUCAAUAGAAUUUUUAAAAGUAAAUAAUUAUAAUCAAGACUUGUAAUUUAGGGAAUUCCCUGGCAGUUCAGUGGUUAGGACUCUGCUUUCACUGCCAGGGCCUGCGUUCAAUCCCUGGUCAGGAAGUUAAGAUUCUGUAAGCCAUGUGACACAGUCAAAAAAAAAAAAAGAUGUAAUUUAAUGUUAAUUUUCAUUUUUGAGAGUCACUGAAUUUUCUUCCUCCUUGGAUGGUAACUGCAGUCAUCAAAUCUGGUAGUUCUUAUGAAUCUCCUAGGAUCCUCAAGACAGAAGAUCUGGAAGCUUUUUCCAGUAUUUGUAAAAGCCUAUCAGAAGUCAUCUCUAUAGUGAAGUUUCAAAAGCCAGUAAUAAAUAUCUUGUUUUUAAAUGUUCAGUAUGAAUUAUAGUAAUUUGUUAAGGUAUAUAACUUGAUUACCUUUGCUGACAGAAGAGCUGAUUUGCUGUUGUGGACUUUGUCUAAUUAAGUACAUGAGAAAAAUUUAUUGAUAGACCAAAAUCUUUAAAAAUAUAAAAUCCACAAAAAAGACAAAUAAAAAUUUUGGAUGGUAAAAGAACUGGGAGCCACUCAUCUAGUACAGCUUAUUCUGUUGAGAGGAAUCAAGGACAGCCAAAGUUAGGUGGCUCAUCCAAGAUCAGAGGAAACUUUAAGGGCAGAGGAUGGGUGACACUCAGUUGCCUUCUCUUCUAAGCCAUUAUGCCAUAUAGCUUCCUAGCAUGCUUCUGUUUUUUGGGGUCUUGGCUACAGAAGCUUUACUUUUAACACUCUUCUGGCGUGGGCUCUAUGGACAUUUUACUUGUGGUUUUUACAUGAAUCCCUGUUUGUUAGGAUGCUUUCCUUGGUAACUAACAGAAACCUAACUCAUCGGCUUAAACAAUGAAGGGAUUUACUAGCUCACAUACCUGAAAAGUCCAGACACAGGGUUUACUUAGGGGUGAGUUUGACUCAGCAGCUCAGUGAUGUCAUCAAGGACCCACCUUCUUUCCUUAACCUGACUCACCUUAGCAGUGCCAGCUUCGUCCUCGGGCCCACUUCCCCCAUGGAGGCAAAAAGGCAUCAGUUUCAGACUUCUCAUCCACCUAUCACCCCCUCCAGUAGGAAAAAAGGCCUCUCAGAAGAGCUGUGGUAUUUCUUUUUCAAAAGCUCUCAAUCAGCUUCUCCUUGUUUCUCAGCCCAGAUUAGGUCACACAAAGUUUCUAAACCAGCCCCUACUGUCAGGGAAUGCCAUAUUAUAACACAAGUUACCUAACACAGUGACUAGAGAGGUGAGUUACUCUGUUUUAGACUAAUCAAGGGCCAUUAUAGAGCUAGGGAUGGGCUCAGCCUACUCAGGAGCAAAGGGGUAGGGAAGGUAGAUACUUGAAUACAAACUGGGAAAAGUUAGAGAAAGAGAAAUGGAUGCUGAAUAGGAGUCAACAAAUAUCCAUCAUAAUCAUCUAUUUACUUCACUUAAAAUGGCCUAUUUUAACAUAAGGACUUUUUUGCCUAAUCACUUUUUUCUUUGAGAAACACAGUGUUUCUUUCUUUUUUUAAAAAAAGAACAUCCAGUAAUACUUUGUCAUCAAAAACUGUUGCCAGAGGUAGGAACUAGUUCAGCAGCUGUGUUUGAAGACCUGAUUUCCCUUUCUUCCUCAGCAAACGAAGUUGCCUUCAGCAGUCUAAUGCUCUCUCGACCCACAGGCCGUUCCCCAUUAAUAACAAAUCACAGCUAAGGCCUGGGCACCUUGACCUGCUGUGGAAGUUUAGUUGACGCAGCUUUCUUCAGCUAGGCCCUAUUCUUCCCCCAAGAAUAUUAAGACAGGCCCAGUGACCUAGGACAAGAACACAAAAUCCCCAACCCCUGAUAAUUAGACAAAUAACAUUUGUCUAAUAAUGUGAUUAUAGCCCUGCCUACCCCCAUUACUUUUAAGUGAAUAGUCUAUAAAGUGACCUGAUUACACUGCCUUUCUUGUCCUGUGCUGUCCUGAGGGUCCAGUUGUUCAGGCAGACCAUGAACAAGGUUUGAAAGACACUUAUCCAACUCUGGUGAACAGUGUCGUGGUGAUGUUCUAGCACUGCAUCUGUAAUCUAUCAUGCCCACCUUAAUAUAUAAUUAUUCCUGCAAAAAUGAUUUAAGAAUAAUUUAUUAAUAACUUGGGUGCCUUCUACUUGUCAGACACUGCUAGGUGCUUUGUCUACACUGUAUGUUGACAGAAUGGAGGCAGAAACAGAGAACUUGAACUGCUGAUUCCUGUGAGCCAGUCCUCACUUGUCUGCCAGCUAGGGGAUGAAGAAAGAACCAGAGCAUGUAGGUGGUACCUUUGUAGUAUUUAAAAUUCCAAACAGCUAAAAACUCACUUUAGGAGGCAGUUCUUUUCUGGGCUGCAGGCUAUGAGCAUCCCCCCUCUUACAGAUUCUAGGGGUUUGGUUAAGUAAUUCCUUAACUGUAAUGCAGAAUAUAAAUGUGAGAACCCAUCGUGGCCCCCCACUUCAGAUUUUUUUAAUGCAUGUGACUAAAAUUUUUUAAAGCUAGAUUUUCAGUUUAUAUCCAAGAGGUGGCACCAUAAUGCCGUAGCAGAAAGCUACACACAGUUUAAAGAAGGGAACAGACUUUAAUUCCUUUUGAAGUGAGCAGUACUAUUAAGAAUUCCCUUGUAUAGUGUCUGACUACUGAUGUCACAAUCUCUGAUCCUUCUUGUCUGGUCUUCUCAGAGACAUUCCUUAGACUUAGUCCCCUCAUAGCUUGAGCUUAGCGCAGGCCAGAGUGUGGUGUUAACCAGGGCCACUUGAGUACUCAGGAGUCGCAGGUCAGUACUGUGGUGGAGCCAGCAAGGUCCUGAGUGGCUUCCUUAAUUUUGCAGCUUUCAGAAAUCCCAUUUAGUCAGUGUUUUUGAAAAUGGAAUUGGGCUGGACAGUUGACAAGGAAUUAAUUUCUGAAAGGAUGCCAAUUUAAUAAUUUGAGUGAAGAACGUGCCUGCCAAAUAUACUGUGUGGUGGUAUCCUCUAGUGAAUAACUUCUGUCCCCUCUGGGAAAUCUCUUCAAGAAGCCAGUCAUCAUUUGAGGCUUGGAAAGCUUGGGGUCAGAGCCAGGGAACUUAGGGGCCAGGGGCAGGGAGCUAUGACUGUCUAGAGCUCCCAUUUCUGCUGCAGGGAUAGACCUAUUUUAUCUUAGCAGCCCUCUCCUGGGACAGCAUGGAACACUGAUGCUUCAUGGCAGAGGAGCUCCCUUUUUGCAGGUUCCAGAAGACCACCUAACUCUGCGCACACAGGCUUUUUUCAGAUAACCCUUGUAAUUCAACUGGUAUGGUGUUUAGCAUUUUAUAAUCCUGUUCCAGCUGUGUGCCACAGGGUCCAUCUAGUCCCCCUGAUGUUAGAGUUUGGGCAGAGGCAAAUCCCCAGACUUUGCAGCACAAGUAUAGAGUCUGUGGGCAUUUCUACAUGAAACUCAUCCGUGAUGUGGUUUUACUAUCACAGUGGCUUUCGAAUUGUUUCAGAGCCUUAGGUUUCCCCAGAGAUACCUGGGGGUUUGCAGCAAAUCAAAUCAACAGAACUCCAAGCCCUUAGUCCGCUUCUAGAACUGUGCUGCCAAUACAGUUGCUGCUGGCCACAUGUGGCUCCUGAGCACUUGAAGUGUGGCUAAUCAGAUUUAAAAAUAAAAAAAUAAAAGCAUCAUAGAAAUAAAGGCCCUGUUGGAAACAACACAACAGAGAAGAGGCUGAAAACAUGACAUGGAAUUUAGAGGGUAGAAUAGAAAAACGUGAGCAAAGAAAGGAAAAUGACAUACAGAAGUCAGACAAAGAAAAACCAACACAUACAUAACUGGAGAAGAGAACCGAAGAAAUGGAACAGAAGAACAAAGAUUUAAAGAUAUAAUCAAGAAAAUACUGGAGGACUUCCCCGGUGGUCCAGUGGUUUAUACUGCAGGUGGCAUGGGUUCGAUCCCUGGUCGGGCAAGUUCCGCAUGCAGCACAGUGCAGCCCCCACCCCCACCAAAAAAGAAAGAAAACAUUGGAGAAAUGGAAGAUAAAUUUACAGAACGAAAGGCGCAGUGUCCUGGGUGAAAUACUGACAAUAAUCAACAAUGAAACACAACCUAGUAAAGUUCUUCUAAAGUAAAAACAAGCCUGUGCCCAUCUAGACAAAAAGCUAAAGUCAUAGGGAGAGAGAGAGGAGACACAUACGUGCAUACUCAUAUGUUGCUGAUGGGAAUGUAAACUGCUACAGUGCUUUAGAAAAUGUGGCAGCAUUUAUUGAAAUAAUACAGGUUUUUUAACCCAACAAUUAUUCUUUUGAGACUACCCCAUUGAACACAUAAAAUAAAAGCAUCGAAGGAUAUACGGACAAAAGCAACAUGGCAUUGUUAUUGGGGGCAAAAAAGGAAACAACCUAAGUGUCUACCUACAGAAUGAUCAUACUAUACAAUAUCAUGUUAUUAAAAUUGUCAUUAAUUUUUAAUCUAUAGCUACUGACCUGGAGUGAUGUCUAUUAUAAUCUGUUGUGUGAGUGUGGUGAA